AUGUCGCGAGCAUCCAUCCUCGACCUCCCUUCCGAGAUCCUGAGCCAGAUUCUGCACCAAAUUCUAUUUGACACCUUCGACCAGCAAGUCUUUCGAGCACACAACGCCAACACGACUGCUCUUCUCCUCAUCUGUCGACAGUUUUACCACCUCAUCCUUCCCAUCCAUUACCGCGAACUCGAAUUCUCCCACUCCACAAGACAAAAAGCGAGCUGCCUACUACGCUCCCUGCUAUCCAAUCCGAGGCUGCUCUGGCUCGUCCGAUCUCUUAAGAUAGUCCUACAGAGCUGUUGGACCCCUGAUCCUCUCGCAGUUGAGGACUAUACGGCUGCGGCCGAGGUGCUGCAUCUCUUUCGCGGGGUCCAGGUUCACACGCUACAGAUCUGCGGCGAGGUGGUCUUCUCCCCCGAGGACCAAGAACGCCUCAGAGUACUAUUUGUGCCGGAGCAAAAGAUCAGCACCGCCCGCUGGGAGCUUCUCCAUCAUGCCAUCCGGCAUCUUCCCGCGUUGCGGAGGGUGGUGCUAACGCGCUGGCGAGAUGAACCUGGUUAUGGGUUCGGGGGUCGAUUCGACUGUCAGCUGCAGGGUUAUGAGGAGCUGCGUGCGUUGCCCGGGACGUAUCCGACGAUUCUUUCGGCGAUUUGGAGGGAGACUCGCGAAUGCUGCGCUUCGUCACAGGAUAAUGUGGUCCUGGGACAACCUUCGACCAACCACAUGAUAGACCUCAGCAUCGCAUUCGACGAUCUCAUCGAAAUCGGAACCCCAGAUACAGCCACUAAGUUCAAAGAAUUCUACACCUGGCUACAGUCCCGCCCUCACGCCCUCCGACGCAUGGUCCUCGGCGAUAUCAAGUUCCAGGAGCUGGGGCUAGGAGACUUCCGGGCCACCGCGUUUCCUAAUCUGCACACGGUCGUCUGCCCGACCUUUUACGUGUCGUCCGCGACAGAGCCCGGACAUUACUGGCCUGCAGCCGUGGUGCUCGAUCAGCUGCUGGGUCCGACGGUGCAGACAUUUGUCUGGGAUCUGACCAGCUACGCUCAGCAACACGGAGAGGGACUAUGGGAGUUCGACGAGGAACAAGCACGAUUGUUACUAGCAUUGGCCGAGAGCGCCGCUGCGGACGAAGACACGGCGCUGCAAACGAUCCAAAUCCGGUUUAACCCGGAAACAGAUCGAACAGACAGUAUGGGAGGGGAGGACUACCCGUGGGACCGCAUAGAGCGGCUGCAGCAGGAGAUUCGCGCAUUGGGAAUGGAUCUGGAGUAUAGCACUCCGACCCUAACGCGCGAAGAGUACCGACAGCUGCGGGAGGAAGAACGGAGGUGGGAGGAAAGUGCCGAGCAUAAGCAGAUGUUAGCGAAUAUGCUAUCGCGAGUAGGAAGAAGUGGGGGUCCUCCGGAUCCGCAAGAAUGA